CGCAUGCUCAGUCGCAAAGGAACCUGUCCUCAGCGGCGCACCGUUAUCCGGGCCGAGCUGUCAUCCACGGUCCAUCUCCUGCAGCAGAUAACCGUGCUCUCCUCGACUGUAUCCCAGUAGUAUUCAGCGGGCUCACCCCACAAAACUCUUCUCGUGUUUUUGCGUGGAGAAGCAGUUUUCAUCGACGGAGUUUUUUUUUCUUUUCUCCGUGAUAUCCAGAAGGCGCAAAGAUGAAAUUGGAAAAAGGCUGGAUGUGGCUCCUGCUGCUGCUUCUAUCCGCCCUGGCUGUCGCAGCUGUGGCGGCCCAUGAGAAGGAGUCGGAGGCCGAUGUUUCGGACGUCGUCGUUGAUGACGACGAUGAUGAUAUGGGCUUAGAUGAGGAGGAGUUAAAGGUCCUGAUGGCAGAGGAUGAGAGAGAGCAGGUUAAAGAGACGCACAGCAAGAGCACAGCCAGUGAGAAGGACGCUGGCUCCAAUGUCUCCUUCCAGGUAACAUACAAGACUCCUGUUCCCACUGGAGAUGUGUACUUUGCAGAGACAUUUGAUGAUGGCUCACUGGACAGAUGGCAGCUGUCAAAAACAGUGAAGGAGGACGCGGAUGGUGACAUCGCCAAAUAUGACGGGAAGUGGGCUGUGGAGCAGCUGAAGGAGAACAAGGUUCCAGGAGACCAGGGCCUGGUGCUGAAGUCCCGGGCUAAACACCAUGCCAUUUCUGCAAUGCUGGACAAGCCCUUUGUGUUCAAGGAUGAACCUCUGGUCAUUCAGUAUGAAGUGAAUUUCCAAGAUGGUAUUGACUGUGGUGGAGCGUACAUCAAACUGCUUUCGGACACUGGCAGUCUCAACCUGGAGCAGUUCCAUGACCGUACACCCUACACCAUCAUGUUUGGACCGGACAAAUGUGGCGAGGACUACAAGCUGCACUUCAUCUUCCGCCACAAGAAUCCUCUGAACAGAGACAUGGAGGAGAAGCACGCAAAGAGAGCCGACGUCGACCUCAAGAAAUUCUACACUGACAAGAAGACUCACCUCUACACGCUGCUCCUGAACCCGGACAAUAGCUACGAGCUGUUCAUCGAUCAGUCGAGCGUGAGCCGUGGCAACCUGUUGGAGGACAUGGUGCCUCCAGUCAACCCGCCCAAAGAGAUAGACGACCCAAAUGACUCCAAGCCAGACGACUGGGACGAGAGGGCCAAGAUUCCUGACCCAGAGGCUGUGAAGCCCGAUGACUGGGAUGAGGAUGCACCUGCAAAGAUCGAAGACCCUGAUGCACUGAAGCCUGAGGGCUGGUUGGAUGAUGAGUCGGAGUUUGUCCCUGACCCCAAUGCAGAGAAACCAGAAGAUUGGGACGAGGAGAUGGAUGGAGAAUGGGAGGCGCCGCAGAUCCCUAACCCAGCCUGUGAGACAGCUCCUGGCUGCGGGGCGUGGAAGCGCCCCAUGAUCAACAAUCCUCAGUACAAGGGCAAGUGGAAAGCCCCCCUGGUGGACAAUCCUAACUAUCAGGGAGUGUGGAAGCCUCGUAAGAUCCUUAACCCGGACUAUUUUGAGGACCUGCAGCCGUUCAGGAUGACGCCAUUCAAGGCUCUGGGACUGGAGCUGUGGUCCAUGACCUCAGAUAUCUACUUUGACAACUUUAUUAUCACCUCUCACAAGGAGGUUGCUGACCGCUGGGCGUCUGACAGCUGGGGGCUGAAGAAACUGGUGGCCAGUGCUAACGAGCCAGGGAUUUUCGCUCAGCUGAUGAUGGCAGCAGAGGAGCGGCCGUGGCUCUGGGUGAUCUACAUUCUGACAGUAGGCCUGCCUGUGGGACUGCUCGUGCUCUUCUGCUGGCCAAAGAAAUCGGAUGAUAACUACGUGUACAAAAAGGUGGAUCCGCCCAAGGCUGAUGUGGAAGAGGAAGAAGAGGAGGAGGAGGAAGAGGAGGAGGAGGCAGCAGUAGAUGAGGAAGACAAAGGAGCUGAAGCUACAGAAGCAGCACCAGCUGCAGAAGAAGCUGAGGAGGAUGCAGAAGCAGGAGGGGACAAUGUAGAGGGUGAUGAUGAAGAAGAAGAAGAAGAAGAGGAGGAGGAGGAGGAGGAGGAGGAAGGAGAAGAGGAAAGCAAAGCUCCAGGGAGAACAUUAGAAGAUGAGAUGAAGGAUGAAGGAGACGUUGCUGAAGAGAGCCACAAACAAGCAGUGAGAAAGAGGAGGGUACGGAAAGACUGAGGAGGCAAACGUCAUGCCUGCUGUCUCCUUUCUGCCCCAACGGGGAAGAGGUGGAAGGGUCGUCUCUGCCGCCGCCGCUGCUCCCUCCUCCCUGAGCGGAGCAGCAUGCAUUUCCUUUAACUGGUAGCCUGCUCUCACCCCACCGGCUGCCCCAUCCACUCCUCCUCUUCCACCCACCCGCACCACAUCCUGUACCAUCCCCUCGUCUUGUUUCUCCCUCUUCCCGUCUACUCAGAUAAGCUCCCCAGAGAGUCUGUGCAUUUAGCUGUUUACCCUCCUCCUCCAUCCACCUACUUCAUCCUUCUCUCCUUCUAUAAGCCAUCGCUGUCGAAACGCCUGUCAGCCCUAAAAUGAAAAAAAAGCCCCGCCCCUCCUCCACUACAGUUCCUGCUCACCGUGUUUCUUCUGCCAUCACAUCCUCUCCUCUUGGAGCAGCAGAGAGCGCCUGUGCGUUGUUCGUCCCAUUUUUACUGCAUAUCGUAGGGGCUAAUUCUCUCAAGUUAGACUCCAUUCUCUCAGUGUCCUUUUUCUUUGUUUAAGAACGUGUUCAAGGACACUGUUUGGCAGAUUUUCAAAAUGUUCGGGUUUGAAGAGCAGGAGAGGACGCCGGGCUGUGAGGAAGGCUGUGUGAGAUGUUACUACAGCUUCAGGACAGACAAAUUCGCCUCAGCUUAGGGUUAAAGAUUACCUCUUCUAAAAAAUAAAAAAAAAUGGAUGUUCUGUUUAGAUUUCAGCUAGUUUGUAAUGAGCAUUAGUUCCUUUCAUGUGUUUUAUACUAAGUUAUAGCAUUUAAGAACUGAGGAUUAGCACUGGUUACCAUAUUUAUUGUUUUUGGUUGUAAUUUCUUUUGCAGUACAGAUAAAUUUAAUAUUGCAGUGUUUUAAAUGACUCGAGGCAGAUUUCCUGAAACUAAAUGCCUCUGACGUGCUUACUUUGAGCCAAGGUCUGUGACAUCAAAGUGAAACUGUCAGCGCUUUGAGCAAAAAUAAGUAACAGUUAAAGUCUCGGCCAUCAGUUGGAAGACAGAACAAAAAGCUGUGAGGACAUGUUUCAUUCAGCAGUGCUUUCCCAGAAUCUAUCCCGGCUAGCCGGAGGCCAGAUCUAGUUUGCAGCCUGGGGAAGAUGUGACACUCAUUUGUUUUCUAUUACUGUCUCAAGCUUUUUGUAGUUCACCUUCUCGCCACACACUGGCAGAUAUCCCUGUUUACAUUUGUUUGCAAAUUGUACAUUGCUCUUGAAAAUAAACUUAUUUAAUAAGAAAA